AGACAAAUCCAGCCUGGUCACACUAAUACCCCGGCAUUCUUGUUUUGAUUUUGUUUUUCGUCGUUUAUUUUGAUUUCUCGUAAGGAUGAAUCCCCCACCAUGCUGUACGCUUUAGUGGUGGUAGCGGAGCUUGUGGACCAGUUCCUGCUCCGGCCGGUAGCCAGCGUGAUCGAUGCAGUGGUCAACGGCGUAUACUAUUUCCUGUGGGGUAGCUACUUUGUCGGCUAUUGCUUGGUGGAGGGCAGCUCUUUGGUGUGGAAUUUGGUAAAAUGUACGUUCAGCGAUAUAAAUAAGCGGCUCGGCGACUUGCGUCUUAUCACGUUGGAAGUGACGGAUUACUUGUACGGCGGAACCAGAGGUGGCCUAAAGAGUGCCUGGGAUGUUGGCCAUAGCAUAGGACGUUUCUUCUGCAAUUUGCUCAUCGAAUUGGGCGAUUUUAUUCUAUGGGUUAUAUUGCUGCUGCCAAGGCUCAUAAUAUUCAUCGUGGACAGCCUCGUAGACUUUGUGAUUCACUCCAUUGUGGCCCGUGGCCUAAGUCUACUAAACAGCUUGUUCCGUCUCUCGAUUGGAUUAUCCCUGUUACUUAUUUUAUAUAUGUUUCGCCGCUACGUGUACCUGCUGCUCAUCUACCUACUCCAACGUGCCCGUCUCGAAAUUUCAAUGAAGACGCAAAGCGUUUACCUCUGGACUGAUCAGCAGUUGACGCGUUUUAGGAAGAAUAUAAGAAACGAUCAGGAAAACGCUGAAUCGCCCAAUCGCGGAGGAUGUGUGGUCUGCAUGGAACGCAACAGGAACAUUGUGAUCAUGCCCUGCCGGCAUCUCUGCCUCUGCAAGGAGUGCUCGCAGCAGUUUCGACUUCGUCUAGAGAGUCGCUGUCCUGUUUGUCGCAACGACAUUAUAUCAUAUUUGCCUGUCUACAUUUAAAGCUACGCAUUAUGGAACUUAAUUAGAAUAUAAUUUUGUAUAAGACUGCCAAUUGAAAUAUAUAAAUAUAUAUAUAAGAUAAAGUAAGGGAACCAAACGCAUUUGGUUUAAGUCAACCUAGAUAGAAAACUAACCUUAAAAUCCUUUAAAUAAGAAAAUAUAUUUACAAAGACACAAAAGAAAGGAACAUUCUAAUUGACAUAAAGCUUUAACAUUAAAAAAGGAAGAAUAUUUCAAAA